AAUCCGGUGAGGGACAAGACCCCUGAGGUGAAGGCGCUCGCUCCGGGAGAGGGAAUCCGCCGCCGGCAGCUCGGACACAGCGGCAGGGCCAUGAUCGAUCAGAAGCGCAAGGCGCAAGAAAUGGCGCUGGUUCCGACCAAGCGGCCGAGGAACGAGGUGGUGCCGGGAGUCCCGCAGCAGGCGGGUCCCCCAAGAACAUCAAGUCUUCAAGCUCCUAUAAUGCUUCUAACAGGUCACGAGGGAGAAGUUUACUGCUGUAAGUUCCACCCAAAUGGAUCAACACUGGCAUCUUCUGGAUUUGACAGACUCAUACUGUUGUGGAAUGUGUAUGGGGACUGUGAUAACUAUGCUACAUUAAAAGGCCACAGUGGAGCAGUUAUGGAAUUGCAUUAUAACACAGAUGGCAGCAUGCUUUUUUCAGCAUCAACAGAUAAAACUGUUGCAGUGUGGGACAGUGAAACGGGUGAAAGAGUCAAGAGGUUGAAAGGGCAUACUUCCUUCGUGAAUUCAUGUUACCCAGCAAGACGAGGACCACAGUUAGUCUGUACAGGAAGUGAUGAUGGAACAGUAAAGCUUUGGGAUAUUCGGAAGAAAGCUGCUAUCCACACAUUUCAGAACACAUAUCAAGUACUUGCCGCAACAUUUAAUGACACAAGCGAUCAGAUUAUCUCUGGUGGUAUUGAUAAUGACAUAAAGGUUUGGGAUCUGCGACAAAACAAGUUAAUUUAUACUAUGCGAGGUCAUACAGACUCUGUGACAGGCUUGGCUCUAAGUGGAGAUGGCUCUUACCUCCUUUCUAAUUCAAUGGACAAUACAGUACGUGUCUGGGAUAUCCGUCCAUUUGCUCCAAAAGAGAGGUGUGUGAAAAUAUUCCAGGGUAAUGUGCAUAAUUUUGAAAAGAACCUCUUGAGAUGUUCAUGGUCAACUGAUGGAAGCAAAAUAGCUGCUGGAUCUGCUGACAGGUUUGUUUAUGUCUGGGAUACAACGUCGCGAAGAAUCUUGUAUAAAUUACCAGGGCAUGCAGGCUCAGUGAAUGAGGUGUCCUUUCAUCCAGAAGAACCAAUUAUUCUUUCAGCAUCUAGUGAUAAAAGACUCUACAUCGGAGAGAUACAGUAAAAAGGACGAGUUUUUGCAGAAGAAUUUGUCGGACAUCAUCUGGCAGCUACACAGUGUUCAAAUUCCAGACAAUAAGUAAUACUGGGGGAAUGAAAAAAUAUAAAUAUUUGAUAGGUGCCAACCUGUUUCAUGGCUUGGCAAAUGAGCUGGGCUGUUUUCCCAGGUCUGGACCAGUUUGUACAGUUCCUGUGGAGAGCAGUUUGAAUGCAGAACCUGAAACUAGACAGUCUGUAGCUAUAAAAACUGGCCUGCAUUCAAUUUUGUAUCGUGGCUGUUAUGUACAGACAGUUUUUUUUUAUAUAAUCUGUUUUGUAAUAUUCAAAAGAAAUAAAUUCGCACCACUUUUUGCUA